AGGAGAACAAAUCAAAGAAAAGAAUAAUCCAACAUCACAAAGCGCUAUUGUAUUUGUUUGCAGGUGGGCUCUAACAGAAAAAUUAAAAGUAAAUCAAAAAAGUCUAACUAAACGAAUUACAGAAUGUGUUAAGAAAUUAUUUACUAUAAUGCUUCAUACCGGUACAGCUAAUUCUAGGCUGAAAAUGAAUGCUAGUGAGAUGCAUGAGGAACUUUUGAAAAGGAUAGCUGAUGGAGAAAUUUCUAAAGAUGAUGUGCCAAAAAUUCUCACAAUUGCAAACUGGAUAACAAGCACUUCACAGUCAUUCAAAAAAACUAUGGCAUUAUGA